AUGGCGCGCGCGUGGACCAUGGCGCGCGCGUGGACCAAGGCGCGCGCGUGGACCAAGGGCUCGCGCGUGGACCAAGGCGCGCGCGUGGACCAAGGCGCGCGCGUGGACCAAGGCGCGCGCGUGGACCAAGGCGCGCGCGUGGACCAAGGCGCGCGCGUGGACCAGGCGCGCGCGUGGACCAAGGCGCGCGCGUGGACCAAGGCGCGCGCGUGGACCAAGGCGCGCGCGUGGACCAAGGCGCGCGCGUGGACCAAGGCGCGCUCGUGGACCAAGGCGCGCGCGUGGACCAAGGCGCGCGCGUGGACCAAGGCGCGCGCGUGGACCAAGGCGCGCGCGUGGACCAAGGCGCGCGCGUGGACCAAGGCGCGCGCGUGGACCAAGGCGCGCGCGUGGACCAUGGCGCGCGCGUGGACCAAGGCGCGCGCGUGGACCAAGGCGCGCGCGUGGACCAAGGCGCGCGCGUGGACCAAGGCGCGCGCGUGGACCAAGGCGCGCGCGUGGACCAAGGCGCGCGCGUGGACCAAGGCGCGCGCGUGGACCAAGGCGCGCGCGUGGACCAAGGCGCGCGCGUGGACCAAGGCGCGCGCGUGGACCAAGGCGCGCGCGUGGACCAAGGCGCGCGCGUGGACCAAGGCUCGCGCGUGGACCAAGGCGCGCGCGUGGACCAAGGCGCGCGCGUGGACCAAGGCGCGCGCGUGGACCAAGGCGCGCGCGUGGACCAAGGCGCGCGCGUGGACCAAGUCGCGCGCGUGGACCAAGGCGCUCGCGUGGACCAAGGCGCGCUCGUGGACCAAGGCGCGCGCGUGGACCAAGGCGCGCGCGUGGACCAAGGCGCGCGCGUGGACCAAGGCGCGCGCGUGGACCAAGGCGCGCGCGUGGACCAAGGCGCGCGCGUGGACCAAGGCGCUCGCGUGGACCAAGGCGCGCGCGUGGACCAAGGCGCGCGCGUGGACCAAGGCGCGCGCGUGGACCAAGGCGCGCGCGUGGACCAAGGCGCGCGCGUGGACCAUGGCGCGCGCGUGGACCAUGGCGCGCGCGUGGACCAUGGCGCGCGCGUGGACCAAGGCGCGCGCGUGGACCAAGGCGCGCGCGUGGACCAAGGCGCGCGCGUGGACCAUGGCGCGCGCGUGGACCAUGGCGCGCGCGUGGACCAUGGCGCGCGCGUGGACCAUGGCGCGCGCGUGGACCAAGGCGCGCGCGUGGACCAUGGCGCGCGCGUGGACCAAGGCGCGCGCGUGGACCAAGGCGCGCGCGUGGACCAUGGCGCGCGCGUGGACCAAGGCGCGCGCGUGGACCAAGGCGCGCGAGUGGACCAAGGCGCGCGCGUGGACCAAGGCGCGCGCGUGGACCAAGGCGCGCGCGCGUGGACCAAGGCGCGCGCGUGGACCAAGGCGCGCGCGUGGACCAUGGCACGCGCGUGGACCAUGGCGCGCGCGUGGACCAAGGCGCGCGCGUGGUGGACCAAGGCGCGCGCGUGGACCAAGGCGCGCGCUCGGGCCAGGAUCAGCAGCAGCAGGCGGAGGCGGGGGAGGAGGAGUGGGAGCAGGAGGGGUGGGGGGAAAGGCAGGGGGGAAGGGCAGCAGGGCGGGGGUGACGGCAUUAGAGAGCAGUGCGCCACCGUUGGGAGGGGGGCAGUGGAGCAGACUGCAGAUGGAGCUGUUGAGUGACAUGCUGGCCGUUGCUGUGCGCGCCGGUGAACCCCUCGCUGCCUGGGCUGCUGCUGCUCGCCUGCUAAGAGGAUUCUACCCCCUCAUUCUGCCACAGAGCCAGGAAUCGUUGGCUCAAGCGCUCACAUCGGCCAGUGAGAGGCUGCCAGCUGGCACUCGCUGCCCUGACCUUGCGCUUCCCUUCGUCAGGUUCCAUGCGUUCGCAACAGCCCCCCAGCAGACCCAAGUCGUGAAGCGCACGCGAGGCAAGCGCGACUGGUGGGUGGGGGCGGGUGGGGGAGGCCCGUUCAUCUACACGCCCUUCACCACGCGGGCGGCCAACGUGAAACCCGACAUGGUGUGGAUCGUGGGCGAGGUGGCUCAAGUCAUCAUCGAGCUCUCCAACCCCUGCGCCUGCGCUGUCGAUAUCGAAUCCAUCUAUCUGAAUGUCGACGGGGAUUUUCAGCCGUUCCCCGCGUCGCUCUCUCUUCGGCCGAACACGUACUCUCAUCUGCUCACGCUCUCGGGCUUGCCGCGGUCGCCGGGGGUGAUUACCGUCCUGGGCUGUUUUCUGCAGUCGUUCGGGGUUCUUACGGACCAUCGAUUCGCCGACACGACGAUCACGACCGUUGCUGCGGCGGCAGGGAGCGCGGGAUCGGGAGCAGGGCUGCCGUUGAUUCCGGGCGUGGGCCUGGUAGAUCCGUUUUCGCCCGCUGCUGCUGCGUCUGUGGCUGCUAAUUCCGCUGCAGCAGCUGCUACAGCCACCCCUCUCUCCGCCCCCACUAUCUCUGCUACCUCCUCUCUCUCUGCAGCGGCAGCGGGUGUCGACACUGCGGUUAAGAGCGGUGCCAGCGCUGGGCGGGGAUUCUUGGCCUCUUCUCCCAUCCCGUCCACCUCUGUCCUGCCCGUGCUCGAUAUUUCUGUGCUGCCCGAGCUUCCACUAUUGGUUGCAACGGCGGAGGAUGGCGACGGGGCAGCUGCGGUUCUUUUCGACGGGGAGGUUCGAGAAAUCUCGGUCAAGCUGGUAAAUUCCAGUCGAGUGCCCGUAGUGGACGCAUUUGUUUCCGUUGCUGGCAGGCAAAAGCGGCACCUGAUCGUUCUCGGGCAGGAAAAACUUGCAGCAGCGCUGCCCCUGCUUCCGGGGGCUGCAGUCACCCUGCCCGUGAAAAUCGUGGCCCAGUUCCAACCAGAGAGUUCGGAAGAUGACGAGGAUGAUGUGGGAGGGGGGGAGGGCGGAGGGGGGGCAGAGCAGAGCACGAGCAGCAAGGAGGAAGAUACAGUGAACCUGGUCGUGCAUUACGCAGGCCCAGACAAAGACCCCGAGAGUGAUCCCGUCACCCCAGCAGCACCAACCCCUGUCUCCAAAUCCGCUACAGCCAGCAAGGAGAAGGAGAAGGAGAGGAAGGACGAUGCAGUGCCGGGGCGGCGGCUGUCGUUCCCCAUCAACCUGUGUGUGCGGCGGGGCCUGUCCCUCGUGCGCGCGCGCCUGCUUGUCACCGGAGGCGUCACUCCCGCCGUGCAAUCCGACGGGGGGGUCGCCAGCACUGGUGCUGCCGGUGGCGGUGCUGCUGGUGGUGGUGCCAACCUUGCUGCGUCUGGCCGUGGUGGUGGGGCCGAGGCAGGCUUAACGUGGGGUUCCCAGGCGAAAGGAGCGGGAGCGGGGGGAGGAGGGGCGGGAGUGAGGAAGGGAGUCGGAGAGAUGGAGGUGCCUGUGAGACAAGCCAAGGGGCUGCGGCUACUGGACCUUGAGGUGUGGAACGGCACUGACUCUGCCUUUGAUGUCUCCGUGCUCGUUGACCCCCCCGCCCCCCACGACCAACCCAGCACCCCCGCUGCUGCUACUGCCCCUGCUGCUGCUGCACCUCCCACUGGCGCAGCUGCAGGAGGAGCAACAAACACAUCCCCAGCAGCAUCAGCAGCAGCGUCGGCAUCAGCAGGGUCCCUGCUAGCGGCCAGUCUGCUCCCCCCGGCAUCCAACCUGCAGGCCUCUCUAGAGGAAGCUUCCCUCCUCGCCUCGGGCGGCUCUGUCUCCCACUCCCGCAUAGGACGAGACUGCGCCGCCCGCCUCCUCAUCCCGCUCGGCGGAUUCGAUUCCCUCCUGGGCUCCGAAGCAGAGGCCGCCCUGGCAGUACUCCACCACGAGGAGCAGACGGGCGGCGACACCACCGUGCGGCGCCAGCUGGCACUGGGCCUCGGGCCUAUCCCGUCGCCGUUCACAACCAUCAUCAAUGCGAUCUGCUCGCGGGUGAAGGUGCGGUGGCUGUCGGCACGGAAUUGCCGCGGGGAGGUGAGGAUCAGAGAGGCCGUAAGGGCCGUGGUGGAGAGCCAGGCCGUGGCGGUGCUGCUGCCUGAUCCCCUCGCGUUCUCCUUCCGAGUCACUGCUCCUCCUCUCACUGCUGCUGCUGCUGUUGGGGUUGGAAGUGCUGGGAGAGGUGGCAAUGAGCAGAGGGAAACGUCAGGGCUUGCGGCUGGUGAUGCUUGUGCUGCGAGGGAAGGAGGGAGUGGGGGAGGGGGGGCUGGGAAUGCAGACGGGGCAGCAGCCGGAGGGAGUGGAGGAGGCGGGGCGGGGUUCAGUGUGACGAGUGCGUUGGAGUUCACAACAGUAGAGCUGACAGUGACCAAUCAGAGCAAGGGCAAGCUGGCUGUGAGCGUGAGCGUGACGUGUCGCGACGUCACUGGCGAGACGUGCGUGGGAGAGGCCACUCAGAAGCAGCACGUCAUGUGGGCAGGCACACUAAACGGCAUCGACGGAACACUAGACCCCGGGCAGUCGCUGCACCACAAGCUGAGUCUCUGCUUCCUCGUACCAGGAGAGUACACGCUCUUUGCAGCCGCCGUGGUGGACAACCAGGGCCCCUCGCCCACCUCGCUGCUCACUUACAUCCCUCCCACCCAUGCACACCCCACAGGCACAUUGAACGGCAUCGACGCCACAUUGGACCCCGGCCAGUCCCUGCACCACAAGCUGAGUCUCUGCUUCCUCGUACCGGGAGAGUACACGCUCUUCGCAGCCGCGGUGGUGGACAACCAGGGCCCCUCGCCCACCACCCUGCUCGCCUCACACGCACAGUUAGCAGGGCGAGUGGGGCACACGCAGAACCCCAACCCGUGGUGGGCCGUGCUGGAUGCUAGCCGGCUCCCACAGACCAUCUGCUGCACCAGCCUGCCCCAUGCCAUCACUGUGCUCGGCGCUGCUUAG